UGACGCCAUUGCGCAAUGUGAUUGGCUGAUAGCCCAGCUUGAAUUCUAUCUUGCCUGUGAAACAAUUCCCCUACGAAAUUUUACUCGCAAGAAAAACUUUUUCACUCAAAAUAGAAGAAAAACAACUCGAUUUAACAAGCUGGAUUUUGUAUUUCGCCGCAAUUUUCCACGCGGAUGGACUGCCCACAUUUGGAGAAAGCUGUGCAAAUCGACGUGGCGCUCGUAGAGAAAUUACAACGUGAUUUACAGCUAUGGACUUGCUUGGGUAUAAACUUGUGUACAACCGGCGUGUGUCGGAUAUUCGCUCCAUUUUGGCGCUGGUUGAUCUCCGUUAUUUAUAUUAUAUAAAUGUUUCGUUUUAUUUAGAAUGCAAGUCCACCAAAAGCCCGUGGAUUUGUUUAAAAUGUGGCAUCGUCAAUUGUGGAAGGUAUAUUAUAAAAUACGUAUAUUUUAUUAUUUGUGAAAUAUUGAAAUAAAAUCCCUGUACAAAUUAAUAUGGCUAUUUAUAUAAACACUCAAAAUUUUUGUCAAAAUGUAAUGCUUCUAUUAUGCUGGGUGUACUAUUUAUAUGCUGUAGAUAUUAUGUUGUAAAUUACAUAAUAUUAGGGUGAGUGUGCAAGUAUAUUUCUUUAAUGCUUUAAUAAUACAUCCCGAAUAUUAAUUUCUUAUUGUUGAAACAAUGUCAAGAACCUACAUAAGAUAUUUAUAUUUCAAUUAUCGUAUUUAUAUUUUAAGACAUUGGAAAUGACCAAGUCGUCCAAUAUAAAUAUGGGAAAUUAGAAGGCAAUGAAUAGGAAAUAAUGUCGUCUGUUAACAGCCUGUUUAUGUGAUCUCGGCUAAGGCGGGACGGUUGCCAAGAUCCCAUUUGUAAUGUAAACUCUGUUGAGUAUUCAUAUCACCCUGGCUAGACAGGAUCCUGGCAUCUGUUGCAAGAAUCCUGCCUUGCCGGGACAAGAAAUUCUUAUACAUAAACACUAUUUCCAGGCCACUUAGGAUGAACUUGCCUUCAAAGCACGCCUUUUGUGCAAGAAAAUACAACCGUCUGUUUCUGCUUCACUUCUAUCACAGAAUAGAGAUCUUACAGAAGGGCGACUCAGCCAAAAAAGCGUAACCACUGCCAUGUUUCUAGCCAGUGUGCUUACAAGAGGCAUUCACCACCCUGAAUGUCCACCAUUUUGAAUAUUAUCAGGGGGGUGAGUGCCUCUCGUAAGUACACUGGCUAAGAACAUGGUGACAGCAUUGUAAUGGUUACGCCCAAAUCAUAGGCAGAACCAAGAAGUCGGACUUCUGUAAGGUCUCCACUCUGCUCCAGUGCUCUCCCUUUGACAAGUAAAAUCAUCUGGCAUUGGACAGAGUAAAAUGAUAAAGUAGGACACAUUGGGGUGCAAUGUGAAUUAAUGGUUAAUUACUGUUAUACUAUUGUACUAGAUAUGUCAACGGACAUGGCAAAGCGCAUUAUGAAAGCAAUAUUUCACACAGUGUAUGUUUGGACCAGAGUUUAGCUGUGUUUUGGUUAGUAGUUCAAUAUUAUAAUAAUUAAAUAAUUUAUGUAAUAAUUAAAUAAUUUAUGUAUAUAAUGCAUAUGUGCAAGGUGACAUUCAUAAUAUUUUCUACAAAGUAAUUGUUGCACCCUUUUUUUCAAAUUUAAGUGCAGCAAAAAUCACAAAUCCUCUUUUUUGAAAAAAGUAUAAGGGGUUACCUAUAAACCAUCCUUAAUUUCUUAAAUUUCAGCUACAUAUGUGAUGAAUUUAUAAUAAACGACACAAAAACAGGGAAAAUAGAACAAUAUCGUGAAGCACUCCGAGCAAAGACUGAAACAAGGUGUUGUGACAUUGCAAAUUACAAACAAUUUUAUUUCAACUAAAAAUACCAGUAUAGCUCCCCACUUGAUAUGAGAUUAACAGUAUAUUUUGUGUUAAAUAUAUGAGAUUAACACUCGGUCAUUCCUUAUUUAGUCCAGGCAAAAAGAGAGUUUUGUCAGACGAUUCUGACCAUAGAGCGAAUAAAUCUUCAAAACUUGAUGACGUAAGUUUGUAAUUCGUUAACCCAUUGCAUGGCUGCAAAUAAAUAUUUGACUUGACAGGACAUUUGUCCGAUCAUCACUUUUAAUUUUGAUCAGACAUAACUUGAAUUUGGUCAGACAAAAACCAACAUCACUAAAUUUGGUCAGACAUAUAUACGUCACAAGAUAUAUAUAUAUAUAAGUCACGAGACAAGUAUGUAUAGCCAUUCCGGCGCAAUGUUAAGUAAAAUCAUGCUAGAAUGCUUUAUUGUAAAAUGCAAAUUUGCAAUUGGAUUUUGUCACAGCAAAAAAAUGUAUGUGACAAUUUUUUUUUGUGAUCGCACCAAUGUCCGAUCAAAAUUACUUUUUCUCGGACAUUUGCCAAAUUUAGUCGGACAUUGUCCGAUGUCCGACAGUAAUUUGCCGCUCUGCAUUGAGAGUGCCAACACUCGCCCCUUGACAAGUAAAAUCGUCUGGUGUUAAACAGUAAGAUGAUAAAAUGUGCAUUUUCGUGCUAUUUUUUAGCAAGAGAACCUGAAGAGAGGUGGCAGACCUCACUACUUAGCUGGCCUAAGAAAUCUCGGCAAUACAUGCUUUAUGAAUGCUGUACUACAAUCUCUUAGGUAAUAUUGUCUGAUGAUCUUUGUGCCACAUACCAAACAGACAAUGGACUAUUGUAUGACAGAAAGUCUGUGACAUACCGUCCAAGUACUAUACUGUCAGUAGCUGGUUAUUAUCCGGUAAACUACUUUCUGAUACUGACUACUGACUGAUCCAGCAAAGCAGAAUCUGGUACAUCCUUGUCAUUUGCUGUAUAGUACAUGCAUAAUAUGGGUAUGUCAUAAGGCGUAAAAAAAACCCUGUGGUUCCUGUUUCAUAUCGUGAAAAAAUUAGGGUCGGUAGGUCGGAAAUAAAUUUUUUUUUAAAUAUUUUUUUCAUGGUUUUGGCGGUUUUUUGCUGGGCGAUUUACAGUAGAGUCCCGACAUCAAUGUUAACUAGAGAUGCGUAUUUCCUAUGGACAAAUUUAGGCAAUUUGGUUCAAUAAUUAGUAUGACAACAGAUGCCAUUUUGGCACGCUGUAUGAGCAGCCUGCAACCACCUGGAGAAAAUAGGGUCGCACAGUCAAUCACGUUGAAAAAAUAAUAGGGUCGGUUGGGAACCAGAACCACAGGUAUUUUUUUACGCCUAAUAUUGGUCUGUUGCAUCAUGUAACACUAUAUAUUUUCCUUAUUUUCCCCUACAGCAACAUACAACCAUUCACAUGCUAUUUCAAAGAACUUCCUGCCAUUGAUCUGAGAAGUGAGGAUGCAUGUGCAAAACAACGAUACUACACACGGAGCUUUAGGAUGAAGAAUAUAGACGAUGUGUAAGUUCCCAUUGACCUGCAAUGUUCCCAAAUACGUCCUCAUUAUUUUGCUCUGUAUAACACCAGAUUUUACUUUUCAAAACUCCCUUUUCAAAUAGCAGAACACCCAUUUUAAUAGCAAAACACUCUUUUCAAAUAGCAAAAUACCCUUUUCAAAUAGCAAAACUCCCUUUUCAAAUAGCAAAACUCCCUUUUCAAAUAGCAGAACACCCAUUUUAAUAGCAAAACACUCUUUUCAAAUAGCAAAACACCCUUUUCAAAUAGCAAAUCUCCCUUUUCAAAUAGCAAAACUCCCUUUUCAAAUAGCAAAACACCCUUUUCAAAUAGCAAAACACCCUUUUCAAAUAGAAAACUCCCUUUUCAAAUAGCAAAACUCCUUUUCAAAUAGCAGAACUCCAUUUUCAAAUAGCAAAACUCCAUUUUCAAAUAGCAAAACACCCUUUUCAAAUAGCAAAACACCAUUUUCAAAUAGAAAACUCCCUUUUCAAAUAGCAAAACCCCUUUUCAAAUAGCAGAACUCCAUUUUCAAAUAGCAAAACUCCAUUUUCAAAUAGCAAAACUCCCUUUUCAAAUAGCAAAACUCCCUGUUCAAAUAGCAAAACACCCUUUUCAAAUAGCAAAACUCCCUUUUCAAAACUCCCUUUAUUGCCAAAUCAUGAAACAGGUCUUUGGUUGAAGAACUAAGGAAGAUUCUAUGUGCAUUAUGGCAAGGUCAGAGUGGACCUAUCUCUCCAGAAACAUUGUUCUCUGUCGUUUGGCGAGUUGUUCCGCGAUUCAGGUAAAAGUUAAGAUUGUUAAGAUCCGAAUUGUUUGAGCGGUUGAACUGUGAUUUAUUUUCAUAAUCAAUUAAUAUUGAUCAAUUGUAUUGAGUAAAUUGUAUGAAUAUUUUUUAUGAAACGUUUCUGCUGUAGGUAUCGAGUUAGUAGAUAACUUAGGUGCUUUCCCUCAUCUAGAGGUUAUCAGCAGCAAGAUGCGCAUGAGUUCAUGCAUUAUCUGUUGGACAGAGUACACAAUGAACUGUUACUCACAAAAAUGGCGUGCAAUGGAAAGAAUACAAUAGUCACUGGAAUAUUUGGCGGAAUCUUGGAAAGUCAGGUGUGUUGGUUACCCAAGAUUAACCCAUUAAUUAAUCUGUAUUGUAUACAAGUUGAUAGGUUACUUCUUGAAGACUUUUCAAAUAAAAUUCUGUCUUCACUUCACACUUUCACACAUAGUUUAAUCAAUUGAUAGCAUACUUUUUUGAAAGUGUAAACCAUCCAUGCUAAGACUGUGAUCAUUGUGUGAAUUCAUGGGUAACAUUAGCCUAUAGGGUAACAUGUGGCUGUGUUUUUUUUUAUAGGUGAAUUGUUCAAGGUGUGGAAAUGAGUCGAGAAAGCUCGAUCCAUUUCUAGGUAAGAAACUCCGAAAAAUAUGCAUACGUUUUCAGGUCAAUGUACUGUAUGAAGUUUGCUGGUAGGGGGCAAGAAGUACAAAUACCUCUUGUUAUCUUAAAUACACAUACCUGUAAAAUAGACCAUUGUACUAGAAUACAUGCUAAUUUUUUUUAUUUUCUAUAAUAUGGUUUGCAGAUCUUUCACUGGAUAUUCCUGAAGAAUUUCAAUCUCGUAAAACAAGACUUUUUGAUGGCCCUGUGUGCCACCUCAAGGGUAAGGGACCUGUCAUUAUUUAUGGCGGGGGUGGCGCCGAAGAGAAAUGUUUUUCUUGAUAAAUUAUUUUUUUCAAAACGAUUUUUUACCCAACCUCAAAUAUCAAUUAAAAAAUAAACACCCACCCCUGGCCAAAAAAAAAUCACAAAAAGAUACCAUUCAGUUGUCACACAUGUCCUUUACAACUUCCGUGACAUGAGUUUGAUGAUAGACAAUCCAGAAGACACUCAGUCCAUGUCUUCUGGAUUGUCUAUGGUUUGAUAUAACUGCUUGUGCAAUUUUCUGCAGGCUACAGUUUCAUGUUGUCUGCACAUGUACUUUCUUUGGAGACACCAUUUGCCGGAUGAUGAGAUGCCGAGGCCCCAGGGCAAAUGGGAAAUGAGGCCCCAGGACUAAUCGGAAAAUGGUCAAGAAAGUGACUCUGAUUGAUUUACAUAUUGUAUUGAAUUGAUAUAUGUCUGUUGAUAUUGCGUUUUACUCUUUGAUAUUUGAGUGAGUCAUGCUUUGGAAAUGACAAUAAUUUUUUUACUCAAAAUUUUGUUUACCCAACCCUUUCCUCUUCGCUGCCUGUCCCUAAAUACAUUACGUUUCUAAUUAAAUUGCAUAUGAUAUAGUUAUUAUAUAUGCUGCACAUGAAGUAUUUUUACUGAACAUAACGUUGGUUUUGUGUUUAUAGAUUGUCUAGACAGUUUUACAAAGGUAGAAGAACUUCAAGAGAGUGAACAAUACUUUUGUCCACGUUGUAAGAAGAGACAGAUUUCUACGAAGAAGCUUAGCAUACAAAGACUUCCAAAUGUAAGUGCUAAUGUAUACCCAAGAAAAAUCCAUCUAUACGAAAUAAUGUUAUGAAUAAUUAGAAUUAUAGUGUAUAUUAUAUGAGGACUGGUUUAUUUAUAAUCAAAGUCCUAGGACUUGAUUAUACCGUGUAUUUAAUGUUUAUUAAUCUCCGUCGCUGUAGACAUUAAUUAAUUUUUGGUGUAUUCUCAGGUGCUUUGCCUUCAUCUGAAGCGUUUCAAGUUCGUUUCAUUUCAUCGUAGUAAGAUCGACACAACUGUGGAGUUUCCUUUAGAAGAUUUAGAUAUGAGUGACUAUGUUUUACCUAGUACGGUAAGUAUGUACCUUUUCAAACGCCAGAACUCCGUUUUUUCAAACGCCAGAACUCCCUUUACAAAUGCCAGAACUCCCUUUUAAAUGCCAGAACUUGGUUUUCAAAUGCCAGAAGUACCUUUUCAAACGCCAGAACUCCCUUUUCAAAUGCCAGAACUUGGUUUUCAAAUGCCAGAGCCCAGAAGUACCAUUUCAAAUGCCUGAACUCCGUUUUCAAACGCCAGAACUCCCUUUUCAAAUGUCAGAACUCCCUUUUCAAAUGCCAGAACUUGGUUUUCAAAUGCCAGAAGUAGUGUACUUGAUUAAAAUGAUAUUUAAUUUACGAUAUAUGGAACUGUCUGAACCAUCGUGUUUGUAUGUAAUUACUUACAGAUAGAUAGUGACGGCGAUGAUUCGUGUACGUACAAUUUAGCUGCUGUGAUUGUUCACCAUGGUAGUGGGUAAGUACAAUAUAUAUGGUGGUCGUGGUGGUGGUGGUGGUGGUGAUGAUAAUUUUUUAUUUCACUUUAUUCAGUGUGAAUUCUGGACAUUAUACAUCCCUCGCGUGGCAUGAUGGUAAGAAAUAUAUUCUCGCAAUAUUAUCUAUUCCUAACUUUUUCGCUAAUUGAUAAAUGUCGCAAUUUGUUGACAUAAACAAAUUUACAAUUUAAUGGUAAAACAAACUUAUUAUACCAAUUAUUUUCUCUUUAAGGUAAAUGGUACAACUUUAACGACAGUUCAGUGCUACCGUCAGACGAAAAACACGUGGAGUCAGUCAAGGGAUACAUAUUCUUUUAUACGAAAUCGAAACCAGACAAUUCCAUCAUCGAAAAACUAAAACCGCUAAGCUGAAAUAUUUUUUCACAAAACUUUCUGUAAAUUUAUAUUAUACAAUUUAUAUUAUACACCGUUCCAUUGUAAAUACCAAAAAAAUAAUGCGUAGUGAAUACAAUUCAAAAGUUCAUUCCAAAUUAUGUGCCACAAAUUGUAAACUGAAUUCUCUAAAUUUUUUCAAUGUUUAUAUUGAAUUCUCUACUUUUGUAAAAGCUGAAGAAAAUGUUGUCUUUGAAAUCGAUAUUGUUGAUAUCAUGGAUAAUAAAAUAAAUGGAUAGGAAACUAGCUGACGUGAUCUAAUGUUUUCAAUGGGCUGAUGGCGUGGUUGGAUGUUGAAACCUAGUUGCAAACCAAAUUCUCAAAAACGGCAUGUUUAGCAAUAAUACAGCUAAACAUUUUAGUCAAAGAGCAAAUAAAUAUGACUACGCCAUUGUACGAUGAAAUCUCUAAGUAUUCCCAGUCAAUUUUAGCAAAUAUUUCAAGCACUAAACAGUGAAAAAUGCAUCGCAAAUUUCGUUAAAAUUGGGGAAGCCAAUUUCGUAGCUACAAAUGUAAAAAAAUACAAAACAAAAACGAAAAACAUUUACCUUGAAUACUUUGUCGUGGCUUAGGCAUGUUUUUAAAACAAUUAGACCAGUUUAUGCUUCAAUAUUACUCUUUUUAAGCGGAAAGUAUAGCGAAACAACAAAAAUGCUGAGAACUUUGCAAUACGCGUGACGUCACAGAUUGCAACCAGGUUGUUUUUGCUUACGUCCGCUAGAGUCCUAUCCAUUUAUUUUAUUAUCCAUGUUGAUAUUAAGCUACGUUUACACGCUACGAUUUGUCGUGUACGAUUCGUAUUCUGGCGUAUUAAAAUGAGUGCUGGCGCCAUCAUUCAUUGCCGUUUCGAGUUGAAAAAAAUUUCAAAUGUAGCCAACUUACGCGUGUUUACUCAAUGACGUACGCCAGAAAACGAAUAGUACACGAUUAAUCUCAGCGUGUAAACGUAGCUUUAGGAAUUCUUUCAAUUGAGCUCUCUUUCCACUGGCAUUGAGUCAGUCAGCACACUAUAAAUACUAUUAAGUAUAAACAAAAUUUGGAGGCUAUAUAUUUAAAAAACUGGCGUCGUUUUCCGUGGACGGUUUAUCCGUACUUUUUUGGGACAAAAAAAAUUAUUUUAAUGUUUGUUACUAGGGGGUAGCAAUACAUAAUGUGGAUUGCUUCUUUUUAUUAUCUCACGCACGCAAAUUUCUACUUAUUAAAUAUUCAAACAUUUACACAGUAAGUGGUACAGUAAUAUUGCAAAAAUGGG